UGCAAAAUAUAACGAUAAUAAGAUCCCAAAACAAAACAGAUAAAUAAAAAUAGAUUAGUCUUAAUACAGCUAACUUAGUCAAGACCAGAUCUAGUCUAGACUCUAGAUCGAUAGAAUAUAUAGAUUUAUAGAAAACAAAAAGAACUUUGUUCAUUCACUGACUAUGUCUUCAUCAAAAUUACGUCACCAAACAUCCAUCAGCAGUUCUAGUGUUGAUCCUAACGAAAGAAUCAAACUUCUUAUUGAAUUUGGGUCCAAGGUUGAAGUGGAUAACACAUUGGCAGUAAAACUUUAUCUUAGAUCUGGACGAGAGAUGCUGCGCAUGGCCAACAUGUUCUGUGAUGACGGACAAUUAGAAAGUGCAUUUAUUUUGUAUUACAAAUUUAUAAUAUUGUUUGUAGAGAAAUUACCAUUACAUCAAGACUAUAAACAUGCACCACCAGAAGACAUAGCUGAGUUUAAGAGAAAAGUCAAAAAGGUUUUCCCCAUAGCAGAGAUUAUAAAAGCAAAGCUUAAAGAUCGUUAUGCUGAAGAGGAAAAAGUAUAUUUGGCUGAUCAGAAAAGAUUAAAAGAAGAGAGAGAAAAGGCAGAUGCCAUAAGAAAAAAAGCAUUAGAAGAGCAAGAAAAGCAAGAUGCUGCUCUAGCUAAAAAAUUGCAGGAAGAAGAGGAAGCUGAAGUUCGAACUGAACAGGAAGAAAAAUAUUUGAAGUUGAGAAUACAGGAAGAAGAAAAACUUAAAGAGAAAGAAAGAAGAAAGCAAGAAGAACUAGGAGAUGGAAUAGCAGGAGCUGGAUCAGGAAUGUCAGUUCAGGUAGUAGCUGCUCACGCUGUUGCAGAUACCCAUGAAUCAGUGGGCCGUGUUGUUCCAAAUGAUAAGGAUGAUGCAACCUUGCCUCCCCCUCCAUCAUAUUCAGAAUAUCUGAGUGACAUUAGUACUGACCGACCACAGAUACCAGAUAGAGAGUUAAAAAAGAAACUGGUGCUCAAUGAUAACAAUGUGCCAAUUGUUGAUCGCAGUUGCAAGCCGAAUACAGAUCACCAUUUAAGUUUAGGAGAAUUUGGUGGCUUGGGUUUUGGACAGCUCAGGACCAUAGUUGUUCCUUCCAUACUAAUGUCCAAAUUUUUAACAGCAGCUGAGAUUAAUACAGUAUCGGAAGCGGAAACUAUGGGCAUUCUGUGUGGGAAAAUGGCUCAGGGUAAAUUCCAUGUCACCACUUUGUUUAUUCCAAAACAAAAAGGAGGUCAUGACAGUUGUGAUAUGGAGAAUGAAGAGGAACUUAUUUUUUACCAAGAUGAAAAGAAUUUGAUCACCUUAGGUUGGAUUCAUACACACCCAACACAGACUGCUUUCCUAUCCAGUGUUGAUCUUCAUUCUCACUUUCCAUGGCAGAAAAUGAUGCCUGAAGCCAUUGCUAUUGUUUGUUCACCUAAAUUUCAAGAAAAUGGCAUAUUUAAAUUAACAGAUCAUGGUUUAAAUGUUAUUGGUUCAUGUAAAGAGAAAGGUUUCCACCCACACAGUAAAGAUCCACCAUUAUUUGAGAUUUGCAAUCAUGUGGAAAUAUCUUUGAGCGACAGUGUUAUAGUUGAAGACAGAAGAAAGUAACAACUACAGAAACUUGUUUGCACAGUUCAUUGGUAAUAAUACAAGAUGAUCUUGUUGCUUGAAACCAUCAUCUGAUCAACGGAUCCCAUACAAUCUCCUCAAGCAGUUUGGUUGUUUUUAUUAUGAUUAAAUCAUGCUGUUCCUUUUUUAACAUAUUGGAAGCUAAAUGGAUUUCAUUGUGCAUUUCACAAAUGACUAAAUAUUGACAAAAGAUUUGGUGAUAUUCAAGUAAAAUUAUCUUUUUAUAAAUACUGCUUCACCAAAGUGGUCAUGGUGACCUUUGUUUUAUUGAAUUGACUAUGUCAAGUCUCUUCAGUAUUAUAUUAUGUAUUUAUUGAUUUACUUGGUACUAUUAGUUAGCUUAUUCCUUGGUGAUAUGAACUGAAAGUUAGUAACCAAUACUUCAUUUGGUGAAAUGUCAACAUGUUUUUUUUGUUAAUUUAUUGGUAUAAUUAAAACAAAGAAUGUUGUUCAUAUUUACAAUCUUUGUUUAUUAAUACUAAUUAAAACAUUGACAUUACUUGGUUGUUACUUAUCAACAUUUUUAUUAUAAUAAUUAUAAUAGAAUAACAUUUUAUAUGAUUCAUUGUGUUAAUUUUUUUACUUGUAAUUGACUAUUUGACUUGGCAACACCAUGUAAUACCUUUUUCAGAUACACAUUAAACACCAAAUUAGACAUUAAAAAGUUAAAUACACUAGAUAUAUUUGAUGAAGACAUGUUAAUAAUGUCAGUUUUCCACUUACAACUGUUUAUGUGGUUGAUAAAGGUGAACUUUGUGCCAAUGAUUGUAUCAAAAAUAAGGCAUGCAUAAAGCUGAUUAGUUUUAUUUUUCUUGAAUAUUUGCAUUUGAAAGUUUUUUUGUUUUUUUUCAAAUCUAUUUUUUUUUUUUAAUUAUUAUGUACUUUAAAAAGUUCAAUGGUUAUUGUGAAAAUACUUAGACGAAUCUGGCUAAGAGGUAGAGGUUCUAUUAUAUGCUAUACUUUAUUUUAGAACAAAAUUGUGGGCUUUCUAAAACAAUUGUGCAUUUCAAGAUGUGACCAUAUACAUUCUGCUGUUAAAUGAUAGAUUCUCGAAAUUGUAAAUAAACAUAUCUAUUAAUGUAUAGUUUUUACAAAUAUAAGUCAAGAUUUUUUUUUCUGUGUUGUAUUAUCUUCAUCCACUUAUGUAUAAAUUUAGUUUAUUUCAACUGUUAACCUCUAUGGCAACCUCUUGCUAUUAGCUUUUCUGUUGUGAGCUUUUUGUUGUGAGCUUUUGCUGCCUCUGUACAAUGAAUCCUUCUAAUCAGAAUCAAUCUUUGUUAAAAAGUAUGAUAUCAAAAAAGAAAAUGUAUUUGUGGGGACACUGGAUAGGUAUGCUGGGAUCAAGUAUGACUUGCUUGUACUUAGAUCCUUCCGUGCUGCUGUUUGUUGCAUUGGGUGGCAAGCUGUCUCCAUAAAAAUCUGUCACUGGCAAUGUUUGAAGCCUCUUCUCCUGAAGAACUCCAUGAAAGUGUUUCGCCAAGUUAUAUGAGAAUGUCCCUACUUGCGCUUUCCUUAUAUUGGCCUUCAUGUCUUUGCAGUUCUGUGUAUGUGUAAUUCAUUCUGUCGGAGGACAUGUCCUGCAAACUUAUGUGACACUCAGUCACUACCUCAUUAAGUGGUUGAGUCUCAGGUCGGUAUAGAAUUUCUUAGUUUGUUCUUUGUAUUGCUUUAGUUUAAAUUACAUAGAACUACUAAGGGUUGUCUGUGAAAGAAUUAGGUAAUUAAAAUUGUUUCAGUAUAACUUACAGUUUAAAAAAACUUUCAUUUCAACUUGUUCACUAGAAAGUUUGAGAAACAAUUAAAUACUAAUGAAUAAUCUAUCUUUGAGUCAGAUGAACCUUUGUCAUUUUAAGUCAAUCUUUAACUAGAAUACAAUUAGCUUCACAAAACAUUGUUCAAAUGUACAUUUCAGAAAAUAAGAAAAAGACAAUAAAAUCUUCAAUGAAAUGUGUUUUUGUUUUAUUUAAUUAUCUGCAACAUGAUGAGAAAUCAACAGGAAACUGAGUGGACAUUACAACAAAAGUUAAAUAUUCACAGGAAACUGAGUGGACAUUACAACGAAAGUUAAAACAUUCACAGGAAAAUGCAGGUAGCAUGUUCUCUGAUUUCCUUGUGUAAAUAAAAAUGCCAUAGUAAAAACUCAGUUAUGUUCAUGGGGAAAAAAGUGCUUCUCGAUGGGGAAAAAAAAAAGUGUCAAAUAAAUUCAAAUUUGCAACACAGUAGAAUUACAGUGUACUCAAUAAAAAAAACCCUAUUGACUGCUAGUUUGCUAUCACACACUAUUCAACUUCUUUCUGAAGUGAAGAAACAUUUUCAUUUGGUCUCAUUUGUCAUGACAACAAAGAUUCUGAUACAAAUGUUAACAGUAAGAAGAAUUGCCAGCUUCAAUUUAUUAUAAGUUUGUACAAACAAAAUGACUAAUAAAAAAACAACUAUUCAACUUGCAGAUUUCUAACACCUGAAUGUAAGUUAAACAUUUUAAAAAAAUAUGACCACAAGUAGUAUCAAUAAGACCUCCCUUAUUGUAAUAAUAAUGAAAAAUAUCACAACAAAUCCUACAACAUUAAAAAAAAAAAUUGGUUUUGAAGUUGGCAGCUAUAAGUGUAUUUUGACUUUGACUAAGUUUGAGUACAAUACAGAUCUUAACAUCACUUAAAUAAAAGCAUAAUAAAAUACACAUAAGAACAAUACAGUCAUAAGCUAAUACUCUAGCAUCAACAACCAAUAGCAUGUUGUUUUUACUUUAAUUGCAGAAAGCAUGUCCAAAAUAAAAUGUCAUUGCCACAAAAGUAACUACUAAAUCUAUAAUGCAGGACAGUAAUACCUGACACCUGUACCUGUUGGACAAAUAUGAAGCAUGUACCCAACAACUGUGACAUUACUACCUUUACUACAACACUAUAGAGAGCCAUACUUCAGGAGUAAUCUUUAAAAAAAUGCAUUCAUCCCCAUAACUCAAGAUAAUGUACAGCUUAAGUAAUAAGAUUAAAGUGAGAAUCACAAGUACAUCCUGACAGUUUGAACUUCAUAUGUUAGUCUUCCAAAGAAAUGUGUCUAAAAAGCAACUGAAAUUCAACACAUUUUCAUCAUAACAGACAACUUGAACUACUUUUUAAAGAAAAGAAUUUGUAAUAUAUUUAUCAUUGGUUACAGGGUAUAGUAAUUGGAAUCAUUGUCUCAGAUGAGCACAGUGUUGAAGCAAAAUGUUAUAAAAUAGUUCUAAUGCAGUGCUAGUGGGUGUAAUACACUCAUUGACCAACAGAGGAAUGCCAACCACCUUUCAAACAAAGAGUCAGCACUUCAUACUGGAUAUGUGUAACUAGCCUAUGUAGCAUAGAGUUGUUAGCUUGGUUGUAGCUUUCAUUGGUUAUUACAAGAAUAAAAAAUGUUUUUUACACAUGCUAAAUGUGACAUUCUGCUGUUACUAAGGUAAUUUUAUAGGAAUGUUAAAUAAAUGUUUCUAUUACAGAAUACAAUCUUCCAUUACACAAGAGUAAAUCCAUAAGAGUAAUAUACAAACAAAAAUAGUCAAAUAUUACAAUUCUUUAAAUGCACAAUGUUUUUCAAAAGGAUUACAUUCAUGCUGGGUUAGUACUUUUUUU